GUGCUCGGCCCGGAGCCCAGAGCCCCGCGGGGUGCUGAGCCCCAGGCAGCCCCCUGGCACCCCUCCAGACCCCCUGGUGACAGCCAUGGAGUCGGUGGCUCUGUACAGCUUCCAGACGACGGAGAAGGACGAGCUGCCCUUCCAGAAAGGGGACACCCUGAAGAUCCUCAACAUGGAAGAUGACCAGAACUGGUACAAGGCUGAGCUGUUUGGCUGUGAGGGCUUCGUCCCCAAGAACUACAUCAAGGUCAAGCCACACCCGUGGUACUCGGGCAGGAUCUCCCGGCAGCUGGCAGAGAAGCAGCUCCUCAAACGCAAUCACGUGGGAGCCUUCCUGAUCCGCGACAGCGAGAGCACCCCGGGGGAGUUCUCCAUCUCCGUCAACUACGGGAAGCACAUCCAGCACUUCAAGGUGCUCAGGGAGAGGAACGGCAAGUAUUUCCUCUGGGAGGAAAAGUUCAAUUCCCUCAAUGAGCUGGUGGAUUUCUACAGGACGACCACGAUCGCCAAAGAGCAGCAGAUCUUCCUCCGGGACGAGGACCAGAGCCAGGAGGUGGGCAGACCCCGAUUCGUGCAAGCCCAGUUCGACUUCCCAGCCCACGAGGGCUCCCAGCUGCCCUUCCUCCGCGGGGACAUCAUCGAGGUCCUGGACUGCCCUGACCCCAACUGGUGGCAGGGGAAGAUCUACGGCCGGGUCGGCUUCUUCCCCCGGAAUUACGUCCACCCCAUCCGCAAGUGACCCCCCCCUCCCGACCCCGCGGGCGCGGCAGGACCCGCCCCACUGCCCCCACCCACGGGAGCCGCUUCGUGCCCACGCGCGGACUGUGUGUCCCUUCAUCCCCACAGCCAUAAAAACUUUUCCAGAGCCACAGUCCAGUGGGAUGACAGCAACAGAGGGGGAGAGCAAGUGUCCCCCAAACCUUGGCUCCUCUCCGGGCCCUGUAAGCGAAGAACCCACCUCCAGGGAGGGCUGCAGGCAGCCAGGAUGCAGCUGGGCUCCGUGACCCCGUGGAGGGAUGCCGGGACUCAGGGUUCCAGGGAA